CAUACCGCAACAGAGCUGCAUCCACAGCUGAUUAUUUUCCCUGGCUGAUGCUCAACCACUUUGCCCGCGAAUUGGCUGGUUGGUAGGUGUGAGCGCAUCUGCCCUGGAGAGUUGAGUUGCGCGCUCCACUCUGUUCAGUGAGAUUAGAGCACAUCAUCCUAGCUAGUGGUAUGGCCCAAGGGCUCUCCAGCUCGGCCGGUCAUAUGGCGGUUACUGUGUGUGCGCGGGCCGUCGUUGAUGAUAGGUAGGUAGUAGAUGGCGCUUAGUGGCUAUUAUACUGCGGUGCACUGCAUUGUUUCGCGAAUCGGUUCAGAUUUUAAUUGCGCUUAGACUCCCGAGCGGUUCGGUCGUGCUUUUUAAUUACUCUCUCGACGGCGGUGACUCUAGAGGGUGAAGGUGUUGACGACGGUUACGGUUCCAGUUCGACGCGGGGUGAAAAGUUGAGUUUUAAGUGGGUGCCUGACUCGAUUACGAACUGAAUCGUUUUCGCCCGUGAAGAUGAUUACAGUGUUUGGUAGAUGUAACCGAAAGAGAAGAGCUAUCCAUACUGUGCGUAACGAGUGAAAUUCAAGUGAUUUUAGCCAGGAAAUUCUAUCCUGUGAAGAAUCGAAAUUUAUUUCCGAGAAAAGCUUAGCUCAGAAGAAGACAAGUGACCCAUCGAUAUUGUUCGAAGGAAAUUGAGUUGAUAGCUAUUGUCAGAGUCGAUUGAUUGUACUAUACAGCAAUCGUCCAGGAGCAGUGUGAUAAGAGAAAUCGUUUUUCGGUUACGUCAGUGAAUUUCUGAACACCAAGGCAGCUCCAGUAUAAAUCAUUUGGUCACUCGUGCAGCCUCAACUUUGCCCCUCAAAUAGGAUUGGUGCAGAUGCCCAUAAAACCUUAAAGACCAUCAUCAAAAGCCCCGAGCAGUCGGCUUAGUCAGUCGCGACCGGCACAUAAUAUGUCCGCGCCCUCAUGCUGGAAGAUUCUAACGCGAAAGAAAAUCCUCUCGAUCGACGGUGACGGCUCGUCCGGAGCGGACAAUGGCAAACUGGGACGGAUACUGAACACCUACGAUCUGACGGCGCUGGGCGUCGGAGCUACCCUGGGCGUUGGCGUGUACGUACUGGCCGGCCAUGUCUCCAAAGACCAGGCCGGACCGUCCGUUGUGCUGUCGUUCCUGAUUGCGGCCGCUGCCUCCUUUCUAGCUGGCCUCUGCUACGCAGAAUUUGGAGCUCGAGUACCAAAGUCCGGUUCGGCAUACAUCUACAGCUAUGUAUGCAUCGGCGAGUUUAUGGCGUUCGUCAUCGGUUGGAACCUGAUGCUGGAGUAUAUCAUUGGAUCAGCAAGCGUUUCCCGAGGGUUGAGUUUGUACAUCGACACGUUGGCAAAUGAUACGAUGAAGAUUCGGUUCCGGGAGAUUGCUCCCAUGGAGUGGGACUUCAUGUCCAGCUAUUUUGAUUUCUUUGGCUUUUCGGUGGCGAUCUUAUUGGGAGUCGCCUUGGCCUUCGGCCUUAAGAAGUCAACCAUAGUGAACAACUGCUUCACGGUGCUGAACAUCGGAAUAGUGUUGUUCGUGAUUAUCGCGGGAGCGAUCAACGCGGACGUCUCCAACUGGAACGUCAACCCAGCCAACGUAUCCACGAUCUACAACGUGGGUGAAGGAGGGUUCUUCCCUUUUGGUUUCGAGGGAACUCUGCGUGGAGCAGCGACCUGUUUCUUCGGAUUCGUAGGGUUCGACUGCAUUGCCACAACCGGUGAAGAGGUCAAGAAUCCACGCAAGGCCAUCCCCCGAGCAAUUCUGCUGUCCCUCUGUACGAUCUUCUUGGCGUACUUUGGAGUCUCGACAGUCCUCACUCUGAUGUGGCCCUACUACAAGCAGGACGUCAACGCACCGUUGCCGUUCGUGUUCAACGAAAUUGGGUGGACUUUCGCCAAAUGGACGGUAGCCAUCGGUGGAAUCAUCGGGCUGGUAGCCAGUCUGUUCGGGGCCAUGUUUCCACAGCCGCGGAUCAUCUACGCCAUGGCGCAGGACGGAUUGGUGUUCAAGGCCUUGGGAGAGGUCAGUCCACGAUUCAAGACGCCGGUGUUUGGGACGCUCUGUGCUGCUUUGCUGACCGGCACCAUGGCCGGUUUGUUCGAUUUAAAAGCUCUAGUCAAUAUGCUAUCGAUCGGUACGCUGAUGGCGUAUACCGUGGUAGCGAUCUCAAUACUCAUUCUAAGAUUUUCCGAAGCACCACAAACUGCCUCCAUCCCAUCUACCAGUAAGCAAAUGCAAGAAUCUUCAAACCUCCUCAAGUCCGGUGACCGCCUGACGGGGUCUGCCUUCAUGAGGCAACUGUUCAACGUAUCCUGCGUCAGGAUACCGUCCCACACUUCCACCAGUGUCGUUGGAGUGCUCGUCACACUGUACUGCCUUGUCUCCUUGGGGCUUUCGCUGACGAUCUACUACGCCAAGCAACCCCUCUACGACCUGGAACCGUGGGCACUGACGCUGGCCGGUGCCCUCCUGGGCAUUCUCCUGCUCAUUCUGUUACUGAUGUCGAUUCAGCCGCGGGAAACGGCUGAAGCACCGUUCAAGGUCCCCUUCGUACCGCUGCUACCUGCGAUCAGUAUUUUCGUCAACAUCUACCUGAUGUUGAUGCUGGACGUGUACACGUGGAUUCGCUUCGGCAUUUGGAUGGGAAUCGGUCUACCGAUGUACUUAGUUUGUGUUUGUACUGGUAAGAAGUCUGUUGAGAAAGAGGGAAAGAAGACACCGAGUGCUCGGCCCAGCCAGAAUGGGCAGCUGCACGAGUCAGAAGGGGAAGAUAACCAGGGUUUUGAACACAGUGAGGUACCCACGACGAUCACCUCGAAUGGGUAUUAUUCGCAGAACCUAAGCACGGUGAUCAACGGGAGUGACGAAAAGCAGCUUAAGUUGAUUCCGGUUGGAGAUGUCUCCAGUAAGGACAAAGCUGAAAAAGAGGAAGAGCUUGUUCAGACGAAGGCCAAGUCGAGGACUCCAUCGCCCAAGAGCAGCAUGGACGAGAUCGUGGCCGUUUCGGAGUUAUCCGAUUUGGUAACGGAGAAGGUUGAGCCUAACGGCAAGGCUUACUUUGUGGAGGACGUUAAUGAGAAGAACUCAGAUUCAAUCGAGGAAACCAGCAAAGCGAUCGCCAUUUUAGAUGAUAUAUUGAAUGACGAAGAAAAAAUUAUGGAUAAUAUGUAUCCUUCUUUGGAUGACGAGUCCUUAGCUAGUCCUGUAUUCAGGGAACAAUCGGUAAUCGCAGAUAUUCAUCGAGAAGAUGAAAUCUCCAUGCCGCCAAUCGACGUACCUAUUGUAGAACCUGUUCAAGAAGAAGAUGUAGAGUCUAGUCAUGAAACUGAUCUGGAAACAUCUCCUCCAAAUUCCCUCACUGUGGAGGAAACUCCUCCCAUACGUCCUCGAGCUGCUUUCGUAGUUGGACAGGACGCCCAAAGCCCACUAAACUCAGACGAAGAAGAUGUUCACUACAAUCGACUAGAUAGUCAAAAGCAAAAACAGUUCAUGACUCGGCUGAGCACGCUGCUAAUAAAACCUCAGCAACUGCCAUACAAACGGAAGAGCAGGAAAUCCACUUCAGAGGAGACUACUGAAAAUCCUGAACUACCUCGCAGUAAUAGUGAACCUAGUUUCAUACUACUACUAGACAAUAACGAAAAGAAUGAAAGCGGAACUGACAGCCCUGAAAAAUCCCCAACAGAAGCUGUCCCUCCUCCUCCCAUGUUCGAUGAGGCUCUUUUCAACACCGUCAAGCCGGAGAGUGAACUAGAGAAAGUCAAAACCCCAGUACCGGAAACCCCGGUCCCCGUUGCUCCCAAAUUCGAUCCAAUCCUGUACAAUACCGUAGGUCGUGAUAAAUCUGCACGACCUAGCAUACUCUCCCCUCCCAUAGUAACCCCCGGUUACAAUGAGAUCACCCUGAAAAAACUCAAUCCUCAGUCGACGCCUCUGGAAGAAACGCCCGUCGAUACCGACGAAGAUUCUUCCGGCAAUCCUCGCGAAGCGUUCAAAUCGAAACUAGAACAACUGCUUUCGCGAGGUCCCACCCCGAAAAUUCGGCCCAAAACUCUACCUCCACUAGCGCUAGAUCGACAAACUUCCCCAAUUCUCACGAACACCCCAGCUCCUGCCCAAAGCAGUUCAACGGCGGAAGUUCCUGCGCCGUCCAACGGUGAACCACAACCAGCCGCGCCAACGCCUACCACUCCGAGCAAUUUCCGAGAGCUGGCGAAAACUUUCGACACUGCCAAGAAGAAGCAGAAGCUCAUAUUUGACGAUGUGCUCAAAGCCAUCAACCCCGAUACCCGGCCCAGCAGCAUACGGAACUCGCUCGAACACCGGAUGUCGUUUUCCGAGUUCAAGAACGGGCUCAAGAAAACCGUUCCCCCGAAACAGUACCUGCCCGAUGCGUGAUGGUGCCCAGUGCAUGGUGAAAUAGUUGUGAGAAGAAUGGUGAUAACAAAGAAUACAUUAGAUGCUCGAGAAGUACGGCAGCCUGGUUGGUGUGAUCUUGCAGCUACUUAGGACGACGGAGUAGUGCGAAGUAAGGUUUGGCCCUGUACGCGUUCUACGGAUUCCGCAACAGCUACCAGGAGGUCUACUCCCGCCAGAACGGGUGGACCAAACUCAAAUAUGUGCGCUGAGGGUCCUGGAUCUCCGCCCCUACCGCAACGUCGAACCCAGUCCUCUUCAUCAAUCCGUCAAUCUAGUGAGCAAAAGUGAUAUUUUCCUUCUGAGAAAUUGAGGAAUAAGCAUGGAAAGAUAGUGUUAUUAACAAGCUAGGAAAAAAGUGAUUAUUUAUGUAUCGAAAUGUGAGAGAAAGAAAAACAGUACAGGAAAACCCCAAUAAAGGCAUUAGUGCAUACCAUUAUUAUUUUGAACUAGGUUAAGCGAACUGUAGAAAUUUAGAUAAGAGAGCCACGAAAAUAAAACUUGCCAUAUGUACAGAAAAUAUAUAGUAGUGAGGUUACGUAUAUAUCGAACGGAUAACUUGGCUAAUUAGUGACUGCGUUUAGAUUAUCUUGAAUCAAUCUGUUGGUUGAGCUUUGCCAACAGUGCUCCAGCUGUGCUGUUGUUUUUGGUCCAAACCAGUAGAGAGUACAGUACUGGCAGAAAUAAAAUGAUCAUCCGAUAAAAAGACAAAUUUGGAAACACCCUGCUGAGCUAAUGGACAGUCUUGGAGUUAUAACGGUUAAAGCAAUGUUCAAGAAUUUUGGGCUGUUAAAUGUAUUUAUUCGGCGUAUUCAAUGCUUCAAGAUUCAAGGAGUUUUGGCAAAGGAUUCAAUCUCUAUCUAAGUGAUUCAAAAAUUUUUUAACAACAAGUAAAACAUUCGUUAUUAGACAACUGAUAAUUGAGUAAUUUACGAAAUAUGUAUUAAAACUACACGGAUCACUUUUUCUGACAGUACUGUAGCUAAAGCAUCUAAACAUUACAUUCACCCAUUAAAGAGAUAAACAAGCUAUCAAUGUAGGACACAAUCAAAAGACACAUUCCUAAAAGUUGAACACAAGCAGAUACCUG